GCAGACCCGAGAAGCAGCGGAGACGUCCGUGGCACAAACGCCCAGGUAUCCGUCCACGCGCAAAGCGCAGCAGCGCGCACAGCGGCUCCGCGACCCUCCGUCCUCAUUACGUAACUGGACUACUUUUUUUGCUUUUUUUCUAUUAUCGUUGGGAUUUCUCGCGCAUAUUUUUUGUUUCUAUUGAUUUUUUGGCUGCACCGAGAGUGCAGCCCUUGACCCCCCCACCCCCCCACCCCCCACCCACCAUACAGUAAAAAUGGAGAACGACGACAGAUAUCUGCCCGAGCUGCUGGCGGAGAAGGACAGCCUGGACGCGUCGUUCACGCACGCUAUGAAACUUUUAACUGCAGAAAUCGAUAGAAUCCAGAAAGACGAGACGAAAAAGGAGGCGGAAGGAUACCUGGACCUUUUCACCACAAAGAACAUCAAACUUAAGGAACGAGUGCUCAUACCUGUCAAACAGUACCCCAAGUUCAAUUUCGUGGGGAAGAUUUUGGGGCCUCAGGGCAACACCAUCAAGCGUCUGCAGGAAGAGACCGGCGCCAAGAUCUCCGUGCUGGGCAAAGGCUCCAUGAGGGACAAAUCCAAGGAGGAGGGGCUGAGGAAAGGCGGCGAGCCCAAGUACGCCCACCUGUCCAUGGAGCUGCACGUGUUUGUGGAGGUGUUCGCCCCGGUGCCGGAGGCCUACCUGCGCAUGGCGCACGCCAUGGAGGAGGUGAAGAAGUUCCUGUUUCCUGACAUGAUGGAUGAUAUCUGCCAAGAGCAGUUCAUGGAGAUGAGCUACCUGAACGGGGGCUAGGAGCACGCUGCCAGGGGGCGGGGGGGCCCUCCGGUCAGGGGCCGCGGAGUCCCUCCUGGUGGAGCACACAGGGGACGGGGGAUGCCGCCCCGCGGCGCUCCGCCCAGGGGGGGGGCGCCCCGGGGCGGCCCGGCCCUAAGCGGCCCGGUGCGGGGCGUGCCGGCGGGCCGAGGGGGACACCCGGCGGCGCCCGCCAGGGGGGCCGCCUCGGCACCCCGCGCCAGGCCCCCGGCCUCCGGGCCCCCGCAGAGGAUGGCACACCCGCCCCCCCCACCAGCACACGCCCGCUGCAGCCGCGACGGCUACGAGGAUUACGGCUACGACGAGAGCUACGCAGACACGGCCUACGAGUCAUACGACAGCUAUUACAGUCAGCCGCAGGCAGAGCCGGAAGACUACGACUACGGAAACCGAGAGGAGCCCGAGUCGUACAAGUCAUACGGCCAGGACGACUGGAACGGAACCCCGCGAACAGCUUCAGGGAAGGCCCCGCCCCCCUCCAGAGGUGCCAAGACGCCUUACCGGGAGCACCCUUACCGACAGUACUGAGGCGGAACCCGCCGCCCGUAACGCGUCGCCGUGACUACCGCCCGUCCCCCACGGCAGCUCUCGCUUUACGCCGCCCGACAAAAGCACCGGCUGUCGGUCACCCAGCGCCCCGGAGGAGGCUGGCGGUCUGCAGGAGGCCGAGCGAGCACACCCCAGUGAGGCCGUGCACAGGAGCAGCAGCACGGUGGAGUUAUGGGGGAGGGACGGGGGCGGUGGAGGGGGGUCGGGGGGGCAGCUUGGACUCUGGAACUGGAACGGGACUUUGACGUUCUGCUCGCUGACACCCAGAAGAACCAGAGACGGACUCCAAUGUCACGGGGGCUUUUUCCUCUGCAUUGAAUCAUUUGGUCAUUGUUUUCCAACGUGGAAGCCCCCCACCCCCACCCCCAUCCCCCCCCCCCCCCCCCACCUCAAAGGCUUUGCCUCUGCAGACCACCCACUCCUCCAGCACAUGUAAUUGCGACGGCCUGAUUCGCCAUCAAAUGAGCGCUCUGGUUACGGUGGGCUGUGAAAUUGUUUUUAAUUUCUAUUAAUCCUUUAAAUUAGCCGUGAUUCAGAGACUCUCGCCUCCCGCGAGGCGGCGUCCUCCCCUUCAGGGAGAGGCCGUCCACAUCGCAAGUAUUUGAUUUCUUUUGUACGUUCCGGCCGGGUGUGUUGCUUGGUACCGACGUGGAGUUAAAGGACGCCCGCGGAGAGCGGAUCGCCAUCUCGCUGCGGCCGACUUCACACUCACACACACACACACACAUCUUGGCACGUCCAGGCAUGGCGGCCCACGCCGCCCCGAGGAUACCGAAUGCUAAUGCGGCCUAUUUGCAUGUACCCUCCACGCAAAUGUACAACACUUCCAUAAGCGGCGCUGGCGCGCUAUCGACGCUUCGCCAUCCAAGUGUGAUGAUGCGGCGAGACGGGCCCGGGAGGGGGGAGGCGGACAUUGCUAACUUCCCUCGGCCGAUCCAUCACGCCUCCGUUGAUUCGAUUCCCCUCUGUGCCGCUUUCCGCCAUUACCGCUGAUGUCAUUACGGCUGCCCGUGGUGCCGGGUUACAUUCAGAGGUCAGAACUCUACUUCCCUUUGUUAAGAACAGAUUUGCUCCGGCCCCGACCCGUCCGAGGCUCCACUCUGGGCCCUUGAGAAAGCCGGCGUCUUGGAGGACGUGCGCGUCAGCUGUGAGGGCAGACGCCGUCACCCGAGAUGAGACGUCACCAGUGCAUAUCCAAAACACGGCGUCCGCCAGCCCCCGUGUGCCAUCAUGUCUCCAGUAAUGAUUUCCGUGUCUGUGGUAUUGUGAGGA